GUGUGCAACGAAGUCCUCCUUUACCUGUCGAGACUUAAACGUGCGCCAGCCGUUCCGGCAUUCACGCAGUCAUCAACCUUCAAAGAAAAAGGAAGAUACUAUACACGCUCCUUCGCCUUCACCGCUUGAGCUGUUCUCUUUUCCUGCUGUGUCUUUGCUGCACCACGCUCCACCUCCUUUCUCGGUUUGCCUCAUUUUCCACAUUCUGAAGCUCCUUGAGGAGCGAAGGUUCUCUUCUCCUUGUUUCUUACCUCCUUCAUUCAUUAUUGUGGCUCUCUGUUUUACUUCCGUCACAGGCCUCAAAAUAAUAGUUUAUUCGUUUGGACCAAGACCAAAGGCAGGAGCUCACCAUUGGUCCAUCGUCAUGUUGCAUGAGUUCAGCGGCGGACGCCAGGUGUCGUACCGCGUUAACCCGCAGCACGGCGGCAGCGUGGAAACCGUCAGCGAGGUGUACGCGAUCGACUACUUCAAAGAGUUGGGCGGCGACGUAGCAAAGUCCCCAGUUGUCCCGAGCAGCCCACACAAUGCAAGUAGCCACAGCGGCGGCAGUGGCAGCAACGGUGCUUCACGGCAGCGCCGCCUACGACGACGUGUGCAGGCCACACUGGAACGCAUUUUCCUCCCCGCCGGCUACCCCAACAGCGUGACGGAUGAUCUACUGACGUUUGCCCUGUGGGACACGGCGCAGGUUCUGGCAAAUAGUGUGAUGGCGGCGCUGAGUAUGCGGGCGGUGUUGCUCGGCGUCGGCGUCGGCGAAUCGACCGCGAACCUGACGAGCUCCACCUUAUCGUGGAUGAUGCGGGAUGGGAUGUGGCUGCUUGGCAGCCUCUUCUUUGCCUCUGUCAUCUCGCAAGAUCUCGAGUUCCGCGCCAAGACGUGGCGGCUCGUCGCGGACUUCACGAACGACACGGCCACUUUUUUGGAGCUGUGCGUCCCUCUCUUCCCCGGUGGUCAGCUCACCUUCCGUCUGGUCGUGGUGCUCGCCUCGCUCAUUAAAGCCCUCGUCAGUGUCUGCGGCAGCGGUACGCGGGCGUCGUUUACGCAGCACUUUGCCCUGCGCAGCAACGCCGCGGAUGUGGCGGCGAAGGCGGGGAUGCGCGGCAACGUGGGCGGUCUCGUCGGGCUUGCCCUCGGCAUGGUCGUCGCCUACCUCGUCCCUGCCUCGUCGACCGUGCUGAAUCUGAGCGUCUUUGUGCUCUCCACCACGUUCCAUCUGGUGGCCAACUACAAGGGCGUUCGAGGGGUGCAGCUUCGGCACCUGAAUGCCCCUCGCCUGGAGUGGUGCUGCGAGCAAUUCUGCCUGUUUCAGGAGCGCGCCCUCAUUGCGCGAAAGAAGGAGACCGUCGCGAAGGCGGCGAUGCCGGUGCUGGACCUCUCCGUGCGACGCGCCAACGCGGAGGAGCCGCUGUUUAUUUUGCCGGCACUCCCGGCGGUGCCGCUGCGGGACGCCGGCUUAACGGACAGGGUCUGCGUGCUGCUCCGUCGCUACUUGUGUCCGCCGACGCUGCAGCUUCGGCUUCACUGCGGGGCGUCCUUCCACACGCUGCUCACCGCACAAACGGGGCUCACGGCGGCGCGGAAGCACGCGCUGGUCCACCGCGUGGCGGAGUCCCUGUCAUCGCGCGGCGUGGCGCUGCUCUUGGAUGCGGCCGCGAUGUCGUACUACGUGAUUCUGCCGGAGUUCUACACCGUGGAGGGGGUGCCGGAGAGCUGGGUGCCCUACAAGCGGCAGUGCCAGGCGGAUCGAGAGGCGAAAGCAAAGCGUGCGCACCGCCAUCGAGAAGGGUCCGCGGGGGCGGAUGCGGGAACGGCGGUGGACAAGGAAAGGGAGGACGAAGACGAAGACGAUGACGACGACCGCACCGCCGCCGAGGCAGCCGACGCGGAGGCGCGUGCUGAGAUCGAUCGUCUGCGCCGAGAGCGGGUGGUGGUGCCGCCGCAUGUCCUGCCGCUGGCCUAUCGUGAGCUGUGGGCUUUCUUCUACGCGUACAUGCACCACCGCGUGGUACGCGAGCGAUGCAAGAGAGGAAGGCCGCCGUUGCGUGCCAGCGCCGGUUUGCCCCCGCCCCACAGCGAGAUCGACACGAACGCGGCCUCUCCCGAGUGCACCACGCUACACUUGAUUACGCACCUGCGAGCGGAUGGAAUGCUGGGGGAGAACGAGGAGGAGGGAGAGCAACAUGCGGGUCGCAGCAGCGAACACAACGCGCCGACGGCGUUCACGAUGGUGGACCGGGACAUGUUUGAGGAGAUGACGUCGCCCACCUCCACCACCUCUUCAAAGAUCAACGCUUUUCCGAAGAAGGCGGGCGCGGAGACGACGGCGGCAGCGGGGGCAUCGAUUGCGCCGCAGGACGGGCUUUAUCCGCUCUUUAUUGAGUUUGUGAGGGGUCUGCGCAAGACAGGCUGGGAGCUGGACCGCCUUCUCCUCGACAACGAAGGCUGCACGACGGUUGUGCAUUACCUGUGA